CUCUCCUUCGCCUCUCCUCCACCAUCACAGAUCCGGAUCUCUUCCUUCCCUAAGCUUCUCCUUCCUUCAUCAACGGUGGCUGCAUUUCACUGUUAAUUUCUCCCCAUCUCUUUCACGGAUCAAGCUCAUUUUGGGACUUGGGCGGCAUUUCAGAGCUGAGAGAACUCCGACCAGCAGCUUUUGCAACCUGUGGAGUGCAAAGGUGAACAUUCCGACCAGCUCGUGGAACUCCAAUCCUCUUCUCCGAUCUGCUCUUCGAUCUGCAAGCUCUCCAGCAAGUUAAGAAAAAUGAGCGUAAAGGCUCUACCUUAUCAAAGGAGGGUUGGGAGGCGCUAAUGCAACAGUUCAAUGCUUUGAGUUCAAGAAGUUAUGAUAAGAAGCAGUUGAAGAAUAAAUGGGACAAUUUGAGGAAAGAUUGGAAUAUAUGGGACAAGCUAUUAAACAAAGAGACCGGUUUGGGAUGGGAUAGUGAAAAGAAUACUGUUUCAGCACCAGAGGAGUGGUGGAGUCAAAAGAUUAAGGAGAAUCCUGAGUAUAGGAAAUUCAGGCAUAGACCACUUCCAUAUGCACAAGAAUUGACACAGUUGUUCCAGCCAGUUGCAGCACAGGGCACUUACAUGUGGACACCUGCGGCUGAUGAUCCACAAGAUGUGUACAGGCCUCAAUUGGAUUUGACCGAAGGAUCAGGAGACAGUGAUGAUAUAAGAAACAUUAAUGGAGGAGCUCUCCCAGGAAUUGGGCAGGUUAACUUGAAUAAUGCAUACAGUGGUGGUACUAAUUCAGGGAGCAAGCGAAAGAGAGGUGAAAGUGGUCAAAACAAAAAGGGAAAACGUCUUGCAACGGUGAUGGUUGAUUCAGUGAGUCGAUUGGUGUCCACACAAGAGGAUAGGGUUUCAACAUUGAAGUCAAUUCUUAAUUCCAUAGAGGGUGGAACAAAACCAGUUGACCAAAAUAUGUUGGAGGUUGCAAAGGAACUUUAUGGAAUCGAGGAGAUUGCUUAUGAUGAGGUGCUUCUUGGACAGUGUGCUGUGGCCUUGCUAGAUAAGACCGCAAGGGACAUGUAUAUUGGGCUUAGGGACAACAGAAGAGCAUUAGUGGCCUAUUUGAGGUGCUUGGGCAAAAAAUGAAAUUAGAUCAUCUUAGCUUGCCUUCUAAUGUUUUAAAAUUUAGCUAGUGU